AUCGGAUUUGAUCACGGACAACGAACCAGCAGACCGUCACUGCGCAGAUGGCGCCCAUAACAUUGAGCAAGGUGGACAAUGAUCUCAAGGAAGUGAUUCAACAGCUCUUUGAGAUCCAGUCCGCGGUCCAUGGAUACCUAGGACCUGAAACCCAGCAUGAACUCGUGCGGAAGAUAAAAUCACUCACCCUCGCCCUAUCAACCCUCUCCAACGAUACUCGCUACGAUCCCUCCGCUGCCGUUUCCACCGCCGACUCCUCUGACCCCUCCGACCCGCCCGUUUCGGCCGUCCAACUCCCACCCGAGAUCAUCGACUACGUCGACGCCGCGCGCAAUCCAGACAUCUACACACGCGAGUUCGUCGAGCUUGUACAGCGCGGCAAUCAAGACCUGAAAGGGAAGAUGGAAGCAUUCGCUUCUUUUCGGGAUGUGCUGGCUCGGGAGAUGAGGAGCGCGAUGCCGGAGUGUCGGGGAGAGGUAGAUCGUGUGGUCAGAGCGACAGGAGGGACGGUGCCUGAGGAUGAAGGGGCAGAUGGAGAAAGGAAGUAAAGAGGACAUAUCUUGAUCAAAUGGCGUGGUUCUAUUAUACAAAGGCGUUUGGGCUACGAGUUACGGAGGUUGGGUUUGGGUGGAAUUGAGGCGUUUGGAAGGAGUUAAUUAUUAAUUCAGGGAGAUAUCCUGAGGUCGAGAGAACUUGCUUGGACAGAGCGGUUCAAACUUUUGCUGCUUGCGGGAUCGUAGGUACCAGGCAUUUGUCCUUCUUGAGACAUCCAAUGUGGUAGUCUAGUUAGCAGUCUAUUAUCGGAGUUGGCCUCGAAGUGGUGCUGCUUGCUUUGUCUCUUUCUUAAGAGCUAGUGGUACCUAAUACAAGUGGUGUAUGUCACUAUCUGUGAAACACAGCUCAGAUUUUAUAUGCAGGCUUUGUUUGGCUAUGCAAACGGUCAAAGAAAUGAUCAGAAGAGAUCCUACAUAUAUAUCAGUGUGUUCUGCAGGAUAAACUCACUCAUUGGUUAGGUUUUUUAAUAAAUAUUAUUGCUCGAAG